AUGGUCAGUGGUGGUGGUCAGACCAACAGUGAUCAGAGAGUUGUGGUCAGUGGUGGUGGUCAGUCCGACAGUGGACAAAGAGUUAUGGUCAGUGGUGGUGGUCAGUCUGACAGUGGACAGAGAGUUGUGGUCAGUGGUGUUGUUCAGUCCAUCAGUGGACAAAGAGUUAUGGUCAGUGGUGGUGGUCAGUUCGACAGUGGACAAAGAGUUAUGGUCAGUGGUGGUGGUCAGUUCGACAAUGAUCAGAGAGUUGUGGUCAGUGGUGGUGGUCUGUCCAUCAGUGGACAAAGAGUUAUGGUCAGUGGUGGUGGUCAGUCCGACAGUGGACAAAGAGUUAUGGUCAGUGGUGGUGGUCAGUCCGACAGUGGUCAGAGAGUUGUGAUCAGUGGUGGUGAUCAAUCUAUCAGUGGACCGAGAGUUGUGGUCAAUGGUGGUGGUGGUCAGUCCGACAGUGGACAAAGAGUUAUGGUCAGUGGUGGUGGUCAGUCCGACAGUAGACAAAGAGUUAUUGUCAGUAGUGGUGGUCAGUCCGACAGUAGACAAAGAGUUAUGGUCAGUGGUGGUGGUCAGUCCGACAGUGGACAAAGAGUUAUGGUCAGUGGUGGUGGUCAGUCCGACAGUAGACAAAGAGUUAUUGUCAGUAGUGGUGGUCAGUCCGACUGUAGACAAAGAGUUAUGGUCAGUGGUGGUGGUCAGUCCGACAGUGGUCAGAGAGUUAUGGUCAGUGGUGGUGGUCAGUCCGACAGUGGUCAGAGAGUUGUGGUCAGUGGUGGUGGUCAGUCCGACAGUGGACAAAGAGUUAUGGUCAGUGGUGGUGGUCAGUCCGACAGUGGACAGAGAGUUGUGGUCAGUGGUGUUGUUCAGUCCAUCAGUGGACAAAGAGUUAUGGUCAGUGGUGGUGGUCAGUUCGACAGUGGACAAAGAGUUAUGGUCAGUGGUGGUGGUCAGUCCGACAAUGAUCAGAGAGUUGUGGUCAGUGGUGGUGGUCAGUCCGACAGUGGACAAAGAGUUAUGGUCAGUGGUGGUGGUCAGUCCGACAGUGGUCAGAGAGUUGUGAUCAGUGGUGGUGAUCAAUCUAUCAGUGGACCGAGAGUUGUGGUCAAUGGUGGUGGUGGUCAGUCCGACAGUGGACAAAGAGUUAUGGUCAGUGGUGGUGGUUAG